CUUCGUCAUCGCUGAGCUGAGUUGAUCCGAGGCCGACUCUGAUACUGCUUCUACUAUCAACUACUUCUACUACUUCUACUUCUACUACUUCUCUUCUUAUUCAUGUCCAGAACUAAAGUCGUCAGAGACACCGACAACGACGCCCUUGUCGCAAAAUGCGCCGCCGCAAACGCCCUCUACUUCACCGACCCCCUCCUCUCCCUCUUCCUCCCUCCCGCCCUCGCUGAUCCGCCUCCUCGCAAACUGCCUCUCUUCAACCGCGGCACCUACCUCCGCCUCUCUGCUCUUUCCCGUCUCGUUGACUGCUUCGUUCGUUCUGGUGGCCGGCAGAUCGUCUCGCUUGGUGCGGGCUCCGACACCCGUCCGUUCCAUAUCCUCGCUGCGGACUCGACCCCUUCCGACUUUGUCUAUCAUGAACUCGACUUUCCCGCUUCCGCGCGCAACAAAGCCGCCCUCGUCCGCGCCCACAGCCAGCUCAAUUCCGUACUCCACCAAGACUCUCUCGUCUACAACAUCUCUCCCGACCCUCCUAAACGCCAACCAGGCUCCCUCCUCCCUCGCCCGCGUCCAUCCACCGCCUCCUCCUCCGCAGACGACCGCACACCCCUCCGCUCAAAAUCAUACUACAUCCACGGCCUCGACCUCCGCGACCUCACCUCCCCCUCCGCAAUCCUCGCCCUCCCAGGCCUCAACCCGUCCCUUCCCACCCUCAUCAUCUCCGAAUGCUGCCUCUGCUACCUCGAGCCCUCCGCCGCCGACGCAAUCCUCGCCGCCUUCCUCACAACCUUCUCCUCCUCCUCCUCUCCUUCUCCCACCCCCCUCGGCAUCGUCUCCUACGAACCCUUCUCCCGCUCUGACCCCUUCGGCAAAGUCAUGAUCCACAACCUCGCCUCCCGCGGCAUCUCCCUCCCCGCCAUGAUCGCCUUCCCCACCCUGCACGCCCAACUCGCCCGCCUGCGGUCACUAGGCUUCCGCGCCGCCCGCUGCGCUGAUGUAAAGUUCAUCCACGACAAGUGGACGUCGGAGGAGGAGAUGACGAGAUUGGAUAAGUUGGAGGUGCUCGAUGAGCGGGAGGAGUUUGAUUUACUUGUUAUGCAUUAUGGCGUUUACUGGGCUUCUAAUCUUUCUUCCUCUUCUCCUUCUACUCCUUCCUCUUCUCCUUCUACUCCUCCCCCUUCUACUCCUCCUCCUCCUCCUUCUGAUCCUUCUACAUCUACCUCUACCUCUACCUCUACAUUCACAGGCGCCUUCCAAGGCUGGAACACCUUCCCCCACCAAUCAUAAUCUGCAUCAGCUAAUAGAAUACGAAU